AUGCCCAAACAAGAAGCUGCAAUUAAGAAAGCUGUUGCAAGUACAACAACUGCAACUGGUGGACAUGCUCCUGUGCCAAAGGGAAAAUUGGCAACAACAAUUAAUGAAUUAACAUCGGCAGUUCAAACAACCAUAGCAGACUAUGAAAAGAGUCUUACUCCUCGUCUUAAAUUGAUUGAUAUAUUCUUAGUCUUCUUAGUCGUAUUGGGUGUUUUACAAUUCAUAUAUGUUUUAUUAGUGGGUAACUUCCCCUUCAAUGCGUUCUUGGGUGGAUUUAUUCUGUGUGUUGGACAAUUUGUAUUACUUGUAAGUUUAAGAUUACAAAUCAAUGAAAAGAGAGAUGAUCAACAGAAAGAUGGUGAUGCUGACGACGAUAUCAAAAAGGAUUCAAAGGCUGUAUUCGAUCAUAUUAGUCCAGAAAGAUCAUUUGGGGAUUUUAUAUUUGCAAGUUUAAUCUUGCAUUUCAUUGUCAUUCAUUUCAUCAAUUGA